AUGACGUCUGCACGGUAUCCCGCCGCUGAGUGGGGUGCCAUCAAGGGACUGUCGCUGAAGAAGCACCUGGGACGUAAACAGAAGCAGAACAGGCCGAUCCCGCCGUGGGUCCGGAUGAGAACUGGUUCGAAGAUCAGGUACAACGCCAAGAGGAGGCAUUGGCGCCGGACCAAGCUCGGCAUGUAA